AUGCAAGUGGUGAUCAUUCAUCCGGAACAAUGGAAUGGUGGAUCGGAUCGAUGCACUGUGGCCAUGAUUCGAUAUUUUGUCGGAGCUGGUCAUCGAGUGAUCUGGCUGACAACAAUGAUUGAUGAAUACUGGAAAGGACAUAAAUGGGAGGGAGUUGAAGUUCGUGAUAUUGGAUUGAAACUUCAUCCGGGUGAUUGGUGGUCACAAAAUGUGGCUCUUGGAUGGUAUCUCGCUUUCUCUAAUCUCAAUCCGGAUCUAAUUGUUAUCGAUCACAGUGCUAGCUGUGUUCCUUUAAUCAAAUGGAGAUUUCCCCAAACGAAAGUGCUCUUUUAUUGUCAUUUCCCACAACAAUUGGUCACUCCAUCACGGUUUUUCCUCUACCGUUGGUACUCGAGACUAAUCGGGAUCGCUGAAGAAAUCCUCUUUGAAGGAACAGAUGUUGUUAUGGUGAAUAGUCAAUUUACAGCUGGGCAAUUUCAACGUGUAAUGCCUGGAGUAUCUCCACAAAAGGUACAAGUUGUCUAUCCGCCAUGUGAUGUUGAUGCCAUUGUUAGCAAGGCAGCUGAAGCAGUCAGUCGAAUGGAUCGACCAAAAAACGAACUCUACAUUUUCCUUUCGAUGAACCGCUUUUGGCCGGAAAAACGAUUGGAUAUCAUAGUGGAAGCUGCAGGCAUUUUGAAAAGAAGAGGAUACAAAUUCAUUGUUCAAUUGGCCGGUUCGGUGAUGCCCCAUAUUCCCGAGAGUCGAAUAUACUACGAUUUGCUCCAGAAAAUGACUAGCGAGUUGGAUGUGGUGGAUAUCGUCAAAUUUGUUCCCUCACCAACCGAACAAGAGAAAUUCGAGCUCUACAGGCAAUGCGAUUCGGCUCUUUACACACCACCAAAUGAACAUUUUGGAAUUGUUCCAAUCGAAGCCUUGGAACAACGAAGACCGGUCAUCGUUUGUGAUAGUGGAGGACCGGCAGAAACUGUUAUUGAAGAUGUUACUGGGAAUAAGAUUGCAAAACCCUGUGGAGAAUUUCUGGCAGAUGCAAUGGAACGUCAUAUGUGUCGAAAAGAAUGGCCAGCUUUGGAUACAGAAGACGGAUAUCGGAUACAGCGUGCCCGUUUCGAUCGAGAAUUCUCGUAUCGUGGUUUCUGUAAUCACAUCGAAGAGGCAUUGAAAGAAAUGUUCCCCGAUGAGAUCAUUCCACCCAGUGUUGCUCGAAUGAGAGCAUUGGCU